UUCUGAUGGACAGUUUAUUUCCCAGCUCAGAGUCAACAUAACGCAACAAACCUCCAACAGUUCUGGAGAGUUUUCUGGGGCCCCAUGAGUCUGAGGAGUCACUCUGUGAAGGAGAGGCUCCGCUGUGUCCGGGACCUCUGCAGCUCCUCCCGCCCUCAUGGCUCUGUUCCCCGGCCGCCUACCGCCGCUUGCAGUCACCCCCUCGGCUUUGAGCCUCUCUGGACCCCCGUUGAUCUACCUGUAUGGAGGGGAGAGCGCACUGAGCCUGGUGCCGGGCCCCCAGGAGCCCCCCCAGAAGCCUCCCUACAGUUACAUCGCGCUCAUCGCCAUGGCCAUCAGGAGUGCGCCCGGACAGCGCACCACGCUCAGCGGCAUCUAUCAGUUCAUCAUGGACCAGUUUCCUUUCUAUCAGGACAACAAGCAGGGCUGGCAGAACUCCAUCCGACACAACCUGUCGUUGAACGAGUGCUUCAUCAAGCUGCCCAGAGAGAAGGGCCGGCCGGGCAAAGGCAGCUACUGGACCCUGGACUCCAGCUGUUUGGAUAUGUUUGAAAAUGGAAACUACCGCCGCAGAAAGAGGAGGGCCAAGAGCCAGCAGGAGGCUCCGGACUCCAAAGAUCCUGGACCAACCCGCACCAAGGGCUCGGUGUCAUCCAGGGGCCCCCAGAGCUCUACAGCUGACUGGAGGACAGCACAGGUGCCGUCUCAAGAGAUGAAACGCACAGAACCGGACCCACAACCAGUCCUUUUGAGAUUUACCCAACAGAGUACCCCCACACAAAGACAAAAUCUGUUAUCCAGCCAUGAUCCCUCACUUCCCACUGAGAUGAGGAUGGAGGGCCCCCACACGGUGCCAGGCUCGGUUCCACUGCAGCCGUUCCGGGCUCCGCUGUGUUCUGUCAGCGGCGCAGCAGACACCAACCUGCCCGCUGCCUCACAGCAAACACCGAGAGGAAACCUUCAGAGGACAGACAGGUCCAAAGGGUUCACAAUCGAGAGCAUCUUAUCCAAAAGCCAAGACGAAGCGCGCACCCGCGUCCUGGAUGUUUCAGCGGAGAGUAUCUGCGCGUCCUCGCUCCUGAGUGCGCGUCCCCAUCACCUGGUCCAGGUGGGAUUUCCCUUCUGCUCCUACCUGUCUCUCACCUGCUCGGACUCAGCGCUGCGUUUUAAAUGAAGAGGAGGAACAAACCUUUAAGGUUUUACGCACAGAUGCGUAAAGAUCUGUUAAUCACAUCUGUAUUUACCCAAGAUGUUACAGGUUUUAGCUCCUCUUGGGUCUGCACCAUCAUCAUCAUCAUCAUCGAUAUUGUUCAGACAAUACAUCAAAACAACAGGGAGGCGUUUCAGUUCAUCUGAACGCAUGCGUGUUUGCUAGUUAGGUCAUGUGAAUGUUGUGUUCAUGUAUGACUUCUUGCUUCCUUCAUUGUUGCAGAAAAAAACGUCUAAAUGCAGUUUUUGGUAAUUUAACAUGACAGGAGCUGCCAAACAAUGUGGGGAUAAACUUUACUGAAUGUUGUAACCAAAACAUAUAAACCGGUAAGCUUUGCGUUUGAAUGUUGCAAAAUAAAGUUCAGGUAGAUAUCAAA